AGAAAAUUUGAGCUUUUUCUCGUUAAAGUCCUUCGGUCAUGUGCGUCAUAUUUGUAUCCCAGUCAUCGUAAGACACUAGUCAUUACAAUUUAAAUUGUUAUUGACUGUAUUAUUCUUUUUAUUCAGAGGUUGCUCGGUGCAUUGUGAACCAGUGUUUCAGCAAUAAUACUCUUGUACUGUGGAUGCGAUUCAUUACUGCUGUGAUUGCAGCGAGCAUUUUAUCGUCGCUGAAACUAAAGUUAGGUUGUGUGUUUGAGUUGAAAUGGGUCGCCUAAAGCCGUGGAACAACUUACCUCCUGUGCUGCAGUACGGCAGGUACCGUCGUCUGCUAGAGAGCGCCCGGUCCACAGCUCCACUCGCCGACUCCAGCGAUGACGAUGUCAGCGACGCUAUACUCGAUACUGAAAAAAGAGAUAAGAAAUCCAACAAGGCAGCUAAAAGCCACCAUACUACGAGGAGGAAUAAGAAGAAAGAUGCAAGUCGACAGCUCAUACAAGAAAGUUUCCAGGAGCUCAUGUCUUAUUCCUGCGGCCAGUGUGGCCACGUCCAGACCUUGCAGGCUGAGGAGCUGAAGUCAAUACUGGGACACGCCUUCCGUCUUGCGUACGCAGCUCACCUCCAGAAGGCGGCUGGACUACACGACUACCCAGGCUCCACUCCACCACCCUCACCACCUCCACUAAACACCAACACAACCACCAAUACUCCAGGCUCCUCUCAUCCUCUUCACCAGCAUUCAUCAUCUCAUCAUCACCUCUCCGGGGGGUCAUGGUCCAGCCGAAGACAGAUGACCGCGAGUCACAGCUCGUCAUCCCCAAGCUCGUCACAGCGACUGCAGCAACUGACUUCGUCCUCUUCUACUUCGUCUAGUCUUAAAGACAACGGUGGAUACUCCACAAGCAACAAUAACGCUAUCAACAACACUAAUAACCUCAGCGGCCUCAACAACAACAGCGAGAAAUUGUCUUCGCGCUUGUUCCCGCACGACGCACUCACUCACACACACAUCGACCAGCGGCCUUGCGACCACGCGUGUCUAGCGAGUAAUUGCUUGGAAGGACGAGAGCAGAGCCACAUCAGCAUGCGCACUCCGGCGCCGCUGCCUGCACUGGCGGGCUUGUGCCACGCGCUCGACUCCCCAGACUCAGACACCAGCAACAGCCCAACGGACCACAACAGCACGCACAGAUUACUCGACAAGCCGCCCCUGCUGAAGCAGUUCUCCGUGCCUCCAUCAGAAGACGCCCCUCCACCGCCAUCAUCCUCUCCCCCUUCUCAUCUAGUCCACUCUUCUCCCCACUCAUCACCUUCUCAUUUAGUUGCCUUCUCCCCGCACUCAUCCAAUAACAACAUAACCAAUAACCUCAACUCGGGAGGAGGCGGACAAGGCUAUGUUAACGAAGCGUCUAAAGACAGAGGACGAAAUUCUUCAGAGAGCUGUAUGAACCACUGCAGCGGCAGCAGCAGUUCGAGCUUCGUACACAACAUCGCUCCCAGUGAGACCGACGGAUGCUCCUCCACCUCACAUUCUCUAGACCAGUCAAUGAACUCUCCUCUUCACGCCAUAAUUCAUUCUUCACAUUCACCCUUGCAUUCUGUUCAUUCUUCACAUUCACCUUUCCAUGCCACAUUAUCUCAAUCUAACGCACCUUCUCCAUUAGCCUCUAAUUCCCCUCUCAAUUCACACUCGCCAUUCCACUCAAACUCGCCCCUCCACUCCAACUUUUCGCACCACUCCAGCAGCUGCCCCAGUCCACCUCCUCUGCCCGAGCGCUGCGACUCCCUCACGGCGCCCGACGAACCGCACCUACGAGCCGCUGCCUGGUUCCAGGCCGGCAUCCCAAGGGAGAUAGCGCUAGAAGUGCUCGGUCAAGAGCCUCUGGGAGCAUUUCUGGUCCGUGAAUCAAGUAGCAAGCCUGGCUGCUACGCCCUCAGCCUGAGGGUGCCCACUGACUUCGCGUCUACUGGCAUAGCGCACUACCUCAUCGUCAAAACAUCAAGAGGCUACAGGAUAAAGGGCUUCACGAAAGAGUUCCCUACACUGCGGACUCUGAUCACACAUCAUUCCGUGAUGCCGGAACUCCUGCCUGUACCGCUGCUACUCACGAGACACAAUCCUGCAUACAACCAAAACGGCGACUCGAAUAGCGACUGCCAGCAAGAAGACCAAGAUUACAGCACCCUAGCUGACUUCAGAAAAAUGAUGGCUGAUCUUAACAUUUAAUAAUCUCUAGACACUUUAGUAUUUUUCUUGGGUUUAUCCAUCAAGUCGAAUCACUUGUUUAAGGAAAUUAUUGAUGUGCUAGGAACUUUUUGACUUCCCGUGAGAAGUAGCGAGUCUCAAUUUGAUAGAUAAAAAGGAGGAAUUGUUGAAGGCUUAGCUCAUGCUACGAGCAAACGAGUGAAUCACAUGCAUUGUAUUCCUAUUCAUAUUUCCUAAUGUUUAUUUGGCAUGUUCAGUCGAUUUUGUCUUUACCUAUGACAUCAAAGGCGUCUCUCAAUGUUUAUCUUGCGUCAAUAUUAUUUAUUUUAAUGCAAAUUUUCCCCCCACAUCGACCUUACGUUUCCUAGACCGUUCUGUUCUGUUCAUUCAUCUUUUUGUAAGCGUAUGAGAGAAAAAAUUUUAGUAAUUUUUUUACUGAUAUUACUGAUUAUUUUCAUGCUCGCUUGCAUCACACACGCUGUGUUGCGCUCAGAAGAAAACAGCGCAGGAUUCAAAAUUGCGAGCGCUGCAGACUGGCAAUCAUUACACCGCACCUGACACGCAACAGCGACCAAUAUGUCCACUGCUCAGUACACGUUGCUGUACUGAGACUCGUGCCGGAGAUUGUCUGAAUAUUAGCAUGUAUUUAUUUAAUUAUUCCAUAAUGAGCAGAAACUGACCAAAAGACAUUACCAUGCUACUACUGCACUAUUUUUACCACAGGCAUACAAUGCUGCUCGGAAUCUGCGUCCUCGUAUCAUGAUCUGCUCUGUGGUAUUACUAGUCCCCGUAUUUUUCUUCGUCAUCAAUUGAGUUGCCUAGCAGGUUGACUCUACACACCAGCUACACGAUCUCCUUCCUUAGAUGUGAAGAGUUUCGGUGUAGGUUGUAGGGGGCCGGGCUGUCGGUAUUCCACCUACCAGAGAAAGAGCGAAGAGGUAGCCUGGCUCAGCGCAUUAUCUCGGCUAUCUUUGCAAUUUUUCCUCUCGGACGGAAAUGGGACUGAGCUCGACUUGAUUGACGGAUUUUCGGAAGAACAAUUUUUUUAAAGUUGGCGUGCGAUUACUUGCAAUAGUUGCAUUAAUACCUUUUGUAAUAUACUAGGAACUUCCAUUUUAACCUAAUUUAAUAACUUUGCGGUUUAUAUUGUUUUAUUGGAACGCUAGCGGCGUCUGUUUUUACGUGUGUUCAUAACGUGUAAAUUGAAGCAUGCGUGCUUAGACUGGCGUGAUAAUAGCGAGUCGUUGUUGUUUUUCUCACUGGCCUCGUGUUGUUACUGUAGCCUUGGUCAUCUUCCUGGAGAACCCAAUAGUCAACGUCAGGGAGAUGAAUUUCUUGUUGAAGACAGUUUGCACACGACAUUGUUCUCUCUUUACUCGUUUCUCUUGCAAUCUUCUAUGAGAAUUUUCUUCUAGAUUUCUAACCUCACACUGCGGUGAGGAUUUUCUAUGAUGACCAACGUGUGUCUGACGCGAGAAUCUGUCCGUCGUUUGUAGCAUGCUGACCAUGACGUACUUUAAACUAUCUGGAUCAGUAAAUUUGUUAGAUAGUAUCGGCACUACCUGAAAAAUUUUCGUAGCCCUUUUUUAAACGACCGUAAACGUUGACCCCCACGCAGAUCGUUUAUUGUAAUCAAUUUUCAAUGUGUUUGAAGUAUGCUCAAUUUUAUUUUCCUUCUAGCAUCAUUUGUGUGCAUCUCUGAGGAUAUUCGUGUAACUUGUUUAAUUCCUCAUGUUUUAGUGGUCAUAUUGACUUACGUAAAAAUUGUCUUAGCUUAUCUGAACGGAUGUUUCUCAAGCUUCGUUCUUAUAACAGAUAUGUUAUGCUAAUUCUUAUUUUGCUACAGAUGAGUUUCGAUAUGCUAAAUCUUCUCUAUUCUGAUGACAAAAAUACUAUUAUCUAUUUUUCUCGUAUUCCAUUGUUCUCAUUCAUUUGAUUAUCAUUUAUAAUUAAAAAGAAAUUGAACAUUAAGCAGGUUGUAAUGGAAGAAGCCUAUAAGGGUAUUGACCCGCAGUAGCAAUGUUAAGAUAAUAAGAUCCACUAACAGAGUACCUCGUUGCUGCUAAAUCGUUUCGCGGCUGCUGAUUUUUGGCUUCGUUACAGUCCAGACAUUCUCAAGAUUUUUGACAGAUUCUUGCCAGUGUUACCUUGACUCGAUUGUUCGACUGUAUCAAGAUAAACAGAUUCGACCGCAGUGAGGACUUAAUAUUUGUAAAUGUUGUACAAUAUCGUGUGUAAUUAUUAUUCACUGCUAUCUAUUCUGAAGUAUAUCUCUCUGUACUUA